GUAUGCUGAGUACAGGGCUGCAUUUAUGUGCAUCAUGACAUUUGCUUUUAUGGCUUUCCUGAGAUACUAUUUGUCUGUAAGUAAUAUAAGGUUGAUUUAAUGAGAUAAAUGUGCAUUUGUAGCCAUUAAAGCCUACAGGCAUACUAUUUAAAAAAUAAUGUCUAUUAAAGAGGAGAAAGAAGACUUUAGUGAUCCAGAGCCACAGCUAAUUGAAAAUGAAGAUAAUGAGGAAAAAAGAGACUUGAUCGAGGUGGAAGUGGAAGUGGAAAGUCAAGAACUGAAUGACGUGGAGCAGAAACAGCAGUGUGAUAAAUCUGUCAAUUUCAAAACUAGUGAAAAAUCUCCCAGCUCACAGUCUAAAAAUAAUUUCUCACAGAAAAAAACUCAUAGAACAAGAGCAAAGAAUUCUAUCACAUGCCCUCAGUGUGGAAAGAGUUUCACUAAAAAAGGAAACCUUAACACUCACUUAAAACUUCACUCUGGAGAAAGGCCUUUCACAUGCCCUCAGUGUGGAAAGAGUUUCUCACUUAAAGGAAACCUAAAGAGUCACAUGAUGAUUCACACUGGAGAGAAGCCUUUCGCAUGCCCUCAAUGUGAAAAGAGUUUUGCAAUAAAACCAGAUCUUGAGAGACACCUGAGAAUUCACACCGGAGAGAAGCCUUUCACAUGCCCCAAGUGUAUAAAGAGAUUCACACAAAAAGAAAGCCUUAAGCGGCACCUAAGUCUUCAUUCUGGAGAGAAGCCUUUCACAUGCCCUCAGUGUGAAAAGAGUUUCACACAGAGAAAACAGCUUGAAGUUCACAUGAUAAUCCACACUGGAGAGAACCCUUUCACUUGUCAUCAGUGUGGAAAGAGUUUCACACAAAAGGGAAACCUUAACACUCACUUAAAACUUCACUCUGGAGAGAAGCCUUUCACUUGCCCUCAGUGUGGAAAGAGUUUCUCACUUAAAGGAAAUCUAAAGAGUCACAUGAUGCUUCACACUGGAGAAAAGACUUUCACCUGCCCUCAAUGUGGAAAGAGUUUCGCAAUAAAACAAGAUCUUGAGAGACACCUGAGAACUCACUUCGGAGAAAAGCCUUUCACAUGCCAUCAGUGUGGAAAGAGUUUUACACAAAAAGGAAACCUUAACACUCACUUAAAACUUCAUUCUGGAGAGAAGCCUUUUACAUGCCAAUGUGGAAAGAGUUUCUCACUCAAAGGAAACCUAAAGAGUCACAUGAUGCUUCACACUGGAGAGAAGCCCUUCACAUGCCUUCAGUGUGAAAAAAGUUUCACAGUGAGAAAACAGCUUGAGGUUCACAUGAAAAUCCACACAGGAGAGAACCCUUUCACCUGCCAUCAGUGUGGAAAGAAUUUCACACAAAAAGGAGAUCUUGAGAGGCACCUGAGAACUCACACUGGAGAGAAGCCUUUCACAUGCACUCAGUGUGGAAAGAGUUUCACACAGAAAAUACACCUUAAGAGGCACCUGAGUCUUCACUCUGGAGAGAAGCCUUUCACGUGCUUUCAGUGUGGAAAGAAUUACGCAGAGAGAGGACAGCUUGAGGUUCACAUGAAAAUCCACACAGGAGAGAACCCUUUCCUCUGCCAUCAGUGUGGAAAGAGUUUUACACAAAAAGGAGAUCUUGAGAAGCACCUAAGAAUUCACACAGGAGAGAAGCCUUUCACAUGCCUUCAGUGUGGAAAGAUUUUCACUCAAAAAAUACACCUUAAGAGGCACCUAAGUCUUCGCUGUGGAGAGAAGCCACUGUCCCUUUUCUCUAAUGACCCUCAGAGGGAGAUAGCUGUGCCCCUUAUCGGUGUCCCUCCAACGGAGAUUGUUCUGCCCCUUUGCUGUGGUGCCACUAUGGAGAAGUGUGCAACCCCACCCCCAACUGACGUAGCAGCCUCUGUGGAUGCCAAACAUAAAACAUUCCCUUAAAGCAAUGAUGUUUGAAAUGUAAAGAUGUACAAAUCACAUCCUGUAGCAUUGAAUUCAACAGAAAUUGCAGUGUUGUUACAAAACCCAAAGAAUGUGUGAGCAGAGAGCAUGAUGAGUGUUUUUUAUGAUGAUUCUUAGGCUCUUUUUACGUACAGAAGCAAACAUGUUAAUUAAACUAUAAAGUGCAAGAAUUCAAUUCAAGUGCAAAAAUGAGCGAGUUAUUUGUAUUUGCAUUGUUGUAUUAUUGAUGAUUUAUUGGUGUCAGAUUGAGAUUAGUGGUCGACCUAUAUAGGUUUUUUAAUGGCUGAUGCCGAUAGGCCAAUACAAUGAUAUAUCACACAAUUUAAUAUAGUAAAUAACAAAAUUGCUAAAAAAAAAAAAUUAAUGAACUCUUAUGUAGCACUAAAUGUACUUAAUUUCACACAAAACUUUAACUUUGUAUAAAAUAAUCUAAAAAAAUAUUGUAUAUUAAAUUGAAGAUAGCAGAUCUUCUGAAUUCUGUUUAGUCAUCAAAUUUUAGUAAUUUAUUUGCACAUGAUGAAAUUAUUAAUAUAUUAGGAAGAAGGAAAUAACAGUACACACAGUAGUCCAGCAACAAUGGAUGGCGUGUCCAUGUUAGCAAUUGCAUUUUCUCAAAACAUACUAAAUCAAAUCAAUUGCACAUGCAGUGCAUAGUGAAUAAGACAUUUACUCAUUGCGCACGUGAAGCGUUUUUACUUUGAAAUUGCAUUCACGUGCUCUGACGCAAUCUUCUGACAGAUUAAAUGGCCUGGAUCGCCUGAUUGGAUUGUUAUGGGCUGUGUCCGAAACCAGAAAAAUGCUGCCUUCGGUGGAUGUAAAAGAGACAGGAUGAAAAUAACUGUUAGGAGACUAGUUUCCAUAAGAGUUCCAUUCAUAUGAAACAGCUGUCAGUUAAGCCAUUAACUGAUUAAGCAGCAAGUCAGCUGCUUACGUUUUGGAUGUGACCAUCAUGAUUUGUGAAUUAGAGGAACUUUUGAUCCUGAUCCUGAACUUUUUGAUUCUGGCUGAUAGAAUACGUGCUUCAGAGGACGAUAUUAGAUGAGCGCUCGACGGGAAGAAAAUGCUGGAUUUUCGUGAGGCUCGUGAAUUAUAUCUUUUUAAACAAGAUAUCUGCAUAUUUGCCGAUGGUAUAUAAUAGUUUCAUUGAUAUUUGAAUUUUAUCAUUAGAAAAGUUACAGGGAACUGUUGAGGACAGACUGUUAGAAUACAUGCUUCAGAGGAAGAUUUAUGGGUGUUCCACAGGAUGCUGGAUCUGCUCAAGUUGUGUGAGGUUGGUUUAUUACAUCUGUUUAAAUGAGAUAUGUGCAUAUUUGCAGACGGUUUAUGAUAUUAGUUUAUUGAUAUUUGCCUUUUAUCAUUAGACAAGACAGUUAAAAGUUAUAAGGAACUGUUGAUGAGAGAGAGGGAGAAUGAAACAGGCGAGCAUCAGUCGUGGCUCUGAUAUGUGGACCGUUUAAAUGAGACUGUGUUGCUCACUGGUCUAUUUUUGUAUUAACACGAUGGCAUGUAAUAACAAAACAAACCAUGACUGGUUGUUUACAUGUCUCAGAUGCUUCACAUGCAAGCAGGUGAUUCUCCACGUCCUCAAGAAACAAAUCGGCCAAAAGGGAAAAUUCAUCCGCCGAUGCUGUUAAUAAAAAAAAAAUCUGAAUAUUGGCCGAUUUAUCGGCCUCGGCGAUAUAUCAGUCAACCACUAAUUAAGAUAGUAGUCCACUUUGAAUAGAGCUCUUUUAAAAGCUAUUAUGUAGGUACUAAUGUGGUUUUCUUCUCUGUGUUCCUAACAGCAAACACCUUUUGUACACUUAAUUUACUCAUAAUAAAGUCAAACAUCUGCUGAUUAUCCUUAAGGGGUUGUUUCGUUAAUGUCAAUAGCCUUACAGAAAUAAGAGGACUAUUACUGUUAAUAGAGCUGCUGAAAAGCUGCUUACCUCACUACCGUGACCAUUCUUUCAGCAUUUGGCAACACCCACUUACCCACUGCAGUCUGUAUGGCCCUCUGCCUGGCUCAAAGCUCUUUACUAAUCCUCCAAAACUCCUCCAUUGCAGUUACUGGGGUUUUCUGUAGCAGCUCACAAUAUUUAAAUACUGUAUGUCACGGUUAUAGUGACUGCCACUCUAUUUAUAGCCAUGUCGACAAAGUUUUUCUAACUGGAGUAGAUCUUUUUGCGUGAGGCCACUGCCCACAAGCAUCAACUGCCCCUGCCUGUUUAACUCUAUAGGUCCCUGUGGCUGUAUACAGCUUCAGUCCUCUUGGCUUUCAUUGUGAUGCAGACCCUAGCGUGAGGUUGCCUUCGUAAGCGGCGGAUACUUAAUGUUGCUUAACCUCGUAAAACUCACUGCCUGGCCAAAAAAAAAAGAGUCGCAUACUCUAAUAUUUCGUUGGACCGCCUUUAGCUUUUAUUAAGGCGCGAAAUUGUCAUGGCAUUGUUUCGACAGCCUUAUGCAAUGUCACAACAUUUAUUUCCAUCCAGAAUUGCAUAAAUUUUUUUGCAGAGAUCUUGUAUUGAUGACGGGAGAAUCGAACCACUCCGUAAAGUCUUCUCCAGCACAUCCCAAAGACUUUCAAUUGGUUUAAGGUCAGGACUCUGUGGUGGCCAGUUCAUGUAUGAAAAUGAUUCCUCAUGCUCCCUGAACCACUCUUUCACAAUUUGAGCCCAAUGAAUCUUGGCAUUGUUGUCCUGGAAUAUGCCCGUGCCGUCAGGGAAGAAAAAUUAGCCUCACUAACAAGUGGCUUUCUUGUGGCCACACAGCUUUUAGUCCCAAUCCUGUAAGAUCUCGUUGCAUUGGGCAUGUGGAAAUGCUCUUACUUUCAUUAUUAAAGCUAGAGUAUGCAAUUUAUACCAGAAGCAUUUUUUGUUAUACUGGUUGAAAGUCUCUUUGCAACCUGACAGCAAUCAACUGCAGGCAAGUGGCGUAUUCAGAAAGCUGUUUUAAAACAGUGUUUAAUUUUGCAAUUCCAUUCGGUGGCUCUAGUGUCGCAGAAAUGACAUACUCCAGCUUUAAACACAGCUGUGAGUUCUACUGUCGAUUUUUUACAAUGUGACUUCAAGUGUUUUAGUGAUCUCCGAUCACGAUCAUUCAAGAUUUUUUUCUUACCACAUUUCUUCCACGAAGCUGAAGGUUCACCACCAUCCUUCCAGGUUUUAAUAAUGUGCUGGACAGUUCUUAACCCAGUACCAGUGAUUUUAGCAAUCUCCUUAGUUGUUUCCUUUGCUUGAUGCAGGCCAAUAAUUUGCCCCUUCUGAAACACAGUAACAUCUUUUCCAUGACCACGGGUACGUCUUCCGACAUGGUUGUUUAAGAAAUGAGGAACAACACAAAUUCAAAUGGUGAUUUUUUUUUUUUUUUUUUUGGCUAGGUAGUGUACAAGCUGAGGACAAUCAAAAUGUUGUUCAUCCUCAGCGUCCUCAGUUUGUGCCAUUUUUAAUGUUUUGUCAUCACUUUUAAUUUAAAUUAGCUUUUUAGUGAAUGAGUUUCCAUAAAAUGUUAAGUUAAGUGAACUUGUCUGGGCUUAUAGUGUAUACAUAUGUGUGUAUCUGAUUGCUUCACAGAUGAUUUAAAAAAAUAAAAUAAAUCCAGCAAACAUAAAUUUCAAGUUUUGGCUCUGCCACUGCUUAAUUAAAUAAGGAGAUGAUAACAGUAUAUC